UCUAAUAAAAUUUUACUGACUUUAAAAUUUGUGUAAUUAAAAUUGUGAAUCAUGUUACCAAAGUUAUUUUAUUCUAUUUUUUAUACUUUUUGGAUUCUAACUACAAAAUGCUUUGUGAGUUGCAAAAUAAGACCAAAAACAUAUGAGAAAUAUUUGUCAGGAGUAAUGGAUCAUAUAAAGGAACAAGUUGGAUGGGAUUUUAUACAGAAUUUAGAUAUUAAGAAUGACUCCUCUACAUGGUUAAGAUUUAAUGCUAAGGACAUUCUUUGUAAAGAGAGUAAUUUAACGCUAUCAAAAAAAUUCGACGCUAUAAUUAAUGUGUUAAAUUACAUGUACGCAGAAGUUAUCAAAACAUUUAUUGAUCAUAUUAGAGCUAUAGCUAACCGAUGUCAAGAAUAUUAUAACUUAAUCCAGGGAGAUAAUUUAUUAAGUUGUACAGUUUUACUUCAAAGUGCUGUGGAGAAUUCGAAAAACAUGUUUGAACAGUUAUACAAUGUAAUGAACUAUCUUAGCAACAUAGAUUUUAAAUUAUUAGCGAAUAAAAAAAAAAGUUUUUCUGUACCUAUAGUAAAUGAAAUUUAUACAUUUGUAGAAUUUUCACUAUUAAAAAGUCAACAAAAUACACAAAUUUUUAUUGACCUAAACGAUCCAAAUACAAUAAAAGAUUCUUAUAAGGUUAUUUUAGAUGUGAACAAUUUUAUCGAAGGAAAAGGUCACGAAACCUACCAGAAAAUUAAUGUGAAAAAUAGUUUAGUUGUUAACAAUCAUAAACCAAAAUGUUUACUUGAAGAGAAUCUAGAAGACUAUAAAGCGCUACAUUAUAAACACAUUGAAUUGAGCAAUUAUUUAAGUGAAUGGCUUAACGUGUAUUACGUUGAAAUUUCUACAAAUUUCUACAAAAAUCUUGGCUUUGAACAAGUUUUAGAUUUAAACGAAGAAAGUACUUUCAAACCUCCAGUUCAUUUAUAUGAAAAUAUUAGUCAAUCUGAGAAAAUCAAACAAUUAAAUUCAAUUACUAAUGAAAGUGGAUGGAAAUCGUUGAAAAAUAUUAAUAUUGUAUUUAAUGAUCAAGUUAUAGGCGUAGACCGUAUUCUUAGACACCCUGUAGACAAACUAAAUUUUCAUUGUAAAAAGCAACAUAUAUUAAGAUUGAUCAAGUGUAUUUAUACAGAAAUAUUGUUUAAGUAUUCCAAAUAUGUAAAAUUUAUAUUAAAUUUUUGUGAAAGAUUAAAAAGUUGUUAUGUAAUAUUUAUAAAUAUGGUGACACAAAUUUUUGAUGCAGUUCACAAGUCAACUAAAAUGUUUGAAGUAAUGUAUAAAGCAUUGGCUUCUUUAAAUGAACUAAUAGGAGAAUAUUUUUAUGACAAUGUGAAUUCGAAUUUAAAAUGCUUUUGUUCUUUAAUAUCAAAAUUACUUAAGGAAAUAAAUUCUGGAAAAUAUUCAUUGGAUGUUUUGGAUAGCAAAGGGGAUAUCAGUAAACAGAGAGUAGAUCACGCAAGAAUAUAUGUACAAAAUUUCUCAGAAUUUCUAAAAUCAAGCAAAUUCAGAUAUUCAUUACAUACAACGCAUGAAAAACAGUGUCCAUUACGAAAUUUAGUGUUAAACAUUGAUAUACCGUGGUCAAUAAAUCCCAUCAAUUUUUCAUCUGCAUGUGACAAACUUAUUGUAUUUUCUAAAAAUUUUAUAAAAGUUUACUAUGAAGAAUUAGGUUUAAAUAAAUUAAAUUAA